UCGAAAUGUGGUCCCCCAGCUUUCCUUCGUGGUACAUUAUCUGAGCGCAGGAAGAACAAAAGCAGCACGCAGAUCUGCAACUGCGAGCAAGAGCGCGACAAGAAGGACAGCUCGAGGGGUAGAUGAGAGCUCUCCAUUUCCUGUCGUCCAGGCGGGGUCGCCAAAUGUCCUCAUGAUGCGCGAAAGGUGUCCGGCCCCGUCCCAUCCCUUCCCGUCCCCUGGAGGAACAGUGCCUGACUCCUCGAUUCAUGCGAAGAGAUUCAGCCUCUGCUGCUCGCUUCGCUUAUCGGCGGCAGCUCUCUCUUCCGCUUGCCUCGCGAUAGGCCUCUUCGGAGCCUGCUCGGCUUGUAAAUUCGCUGGAGGAGAAUUCUGAUCGCUUUCAACCGAUCGCUCUCUGGGGCCGGGGGCAGCGAUGAAUCGACAGUCGCUUCUGCAAUUUUCCGGCAGAUUCCGAUGAAGGAUUCGUUAACCUUCCGAAAGUGAAAGAAUUCAACGAAGGAGGAGCCUAGCAGUGUACGACACAAGAUGAGAUUGCAAAACUUUGCCCCACGAUUGUUUUCUUCUUACAGAAAAUUGCAAAAGAAAUCAUGCGAUGGCGUUUCGGUGGGCCGAGGACUUCAUGGAUCCACUAGACCCGUUCAGAACGCAGUGACAUCUCACCUUUUAUCGCUCCAGAGGCUUCCAGGUUCUGAAUCCUGCAGCGGCGUGCACGAGAAUGAGAUAGUGAGGGUGCCGCGGCCGAGCAGGGAUUUUGAAUACGAUCGGUUGCCGAGAGUCUCUGCUGUCAAAGUCUGUCGCAAUGGCAGAGGAGGAACUCCUGUUAGUUGGGUCAAUUCCAGGUUUUACAGUUCUACGGCCAACAGUCGAGGGCCAGUUCCUGUGGACCCUAGCACCUUGCUCGACGAGGAGUAUUUUCAUGACUUGGCGGACGACGUUCUCCAUAACUUGCAGGAGAAGAUUGAGAUUCUCGGAGAGGACUUAAAUGUCGAUGGAUUCGACUGUGACUAUGCUGAUGGAGUGCUUACCGUACGUUUGGGGAGCUUAGGAACAUACGUCAUCAAUAAGCAAACACCCAAUCGGCAAAUAUGGUUAUCGUCGCCCGUGAGUGGACCCGGGAGAUUCGACUGGGUAGCAUCGAGAAAAGUGUGGGUAUACCGGCGAACUCAGGACGAGCUAGUGCUUUUGCUGGAGAAGGAGCUAAGUCAGCUCUUAGGCACCAGCAUCCAGCUUAGCUAACAACGGGACCUGUAUUGUCAUUCGGGUAGUAAGGCCACCAGCAUUCAUCUCGGCUUACAAGUCGGUGGUCCGCCUUAGGACAGAAAGGUACUCGUUGCAUGGUACACGCAUCAGAACGUCCAGAACGCAUCAAAAAAUUGUCAAAGAGACGUUUGUGCAAUAAGACCAAGGAUCUAGAGCUCUUUGUUUAACCGGCCACUACUCAAGUGUCAGGAUGAGACGGGAGAGGGAGAACUAUCAUUGUUUUGAGUCAUUUGGAGGUUUACGCUUGUGGGAUAAUGUUCCAUGGUCUCCAGGACGGGACCUGUGCAGGGAAAUCUCUAUACUAUCUUUUAUUGCGCUUGAAGGUACGGAUGACGAUGGUGAAGUGCCAUGCAAGAAAUCAAGGCGUUUGCUUUUGUAGUUGUCGUUUUUUACUCGAAAGCUUUCUGACCACUGAAGUGAAAGAGACAAAGAAAAUGAAUGCCUCCAUGUCAUAACCGGACGCUGGCGAUUAUAUAUCCAAGUUUUGUUGAGCUUCGUUGAGCAGCUAGGACGCUCUUUGUUGGGUUAUCAUGUCGCAACCC